GUCUAGAAAAGUCGAUGCGAUCGAUUUUGCGGCCGGCUCUUAUAUUUCCCGUGCAGCCUUUGCUCCUUCCCUUUUCGCUGAAUUCUUCAGCCAUGGCUCCGAUUAAGAGGCAGGUGGUUAAGAAGCCGGGUGGGAAGAAGAAGAAGCAGAUCCUGAAGUUCACCCUGGACUGCACCCACCCUGUUGAGGAUGGCAUCAUGGAUGCUGCCAACUUCGAGCAGUUCCUGCAGGAGCGUAUCAAGGUGAACGGCAAAGCUGGAAAUCUUGGUGGUGGUGUGGUGUCCAUUGAGAGGAGCAAGAGUAAAAUUGCUGUGAACUCUGAAGUUCCCUUCUCAAAGAGGUACUUGAAGUAUCUUACCAAGAAGUAUCUGAAAAAGAACAACCUCAGGGACUGGCUGCGGGUGGUAGCUAACACCAAGGAGAGCUACGAGCUGCGCUACUUCCAGAUCAACCAGGAUGAGGAGGAAGAGGACGAAGAUUAAACCUUACGCCACUCUUAAUAAAAUACUUAGAGAGAAAACCCUU